ACCAGGAAUAGGUUUGGGGCAGACUCUCUGGCGUCGUGUCAAGUUACACUUAUAGAAAAACAGAUGAUUAGCUACUUUCCACUAUUAAUGUAUCUAUAUGAAAUAUAGGCCUGAUAAUACUCAUAGUUAAAAUAAAAAGUAAUGUUUUUUUCUCCCAUACUGGCGUGGACAAGACCGACAAUCUCCCCAUCGGCAUCACUGAAACUCUCAACAUGCUCCGACUUAUAAUGGUUUUCACCUCUUUCGAUGCUGUUAUCCUCCCCUUGGAAAAAAGUGGAGCAGAGAUCGCCAUGCCUGUACCAGAGUGGUGGUGACGUAUAUCAUUCUCGGCGAGAGCAGCAAGGGGCUGUAGUUCACAAAACGGCCUCACACAAAACCUAUCACUAUCAAACUUCUUCGCGUUUUCUAUGCACGAAAAAUUAUGAUUUAAAUCCACAAACAACGUAUGUGUAAUCCAGUGCCUAUAAAGACUGGCACCAGAAAAGAAUUACUUCCAGAGCCCAUAGGUCCCAUGGGCUCUACCGGAAGAGGCGUGAGUCCGCCACUAUUGAGUAGGUAUCAGACUCUCUGUGCAAAUGAAAUGAAGCACGAGAGUCUGGUAGGACCAGGCUACAGAGAUACUGCUGAUAGGUAAAAGCCUCUCCUUGGAUAAGCUUGGAUGACGGUUUUGAUACACGACAAUAGGACGCUGUGAUUGGUUGACGUUAAGGGGAGGGUGCGCAGAGAAGAGGACGAAGGGUUGAUCUUGUUGAUCGGCGGAGCAGGCAGUACCCAAUGGGGGCUCGCAGCGCUUGGUUACUCCGGUUAUCUCUUAGUAGAUGAAUAAGUUAAGAAGUAGGAGAAGACGGAGUAGAAGAAGAACCAUCUCGGAGUCGGAGAAAAAACAUCUCGGAGUAGGUGACGAACCAUCUCGGAGUAGGUGAAGAACCUCGUCCUCAUGCUGACCGCGUGUACCAGCUGUGGCGGCGAGGCCGAGGCCACGUCCUGGUGCGUGGACUGUGGGGAGGCCCUGUGCCGGGGCUGCGUGGAAGCCCACAAGAGGGUGAAGGUGACCCGCUCCCACCACAUCCUGGACCAGCUCCCAGCGGACGUCCCCAGGUCGGACUCGGCGCCCACGGGCAUCUACUGUCCCCUCCACCGCGAGGAGGUUCUCCAGCUCUACUGCUACACCUGUGACGUCCGCACCUGUCGCGACUGCCAGCUCAUGGACCACCGCGCUCACUCCUUCCAGUAUGUCCACGAGGCUUACCAGAGCAUCAGGAAGCAGAUGUACGGUCUGUUGGUUCCCGUAGACAAGCACACGGAGAAGGCCAUGCAGAGCAUCAUGCUGAUGAGCUCCAGGCCAUCUACACCUCCGAGGAGGAGGUCCUGAAGACCCGGAUGAAGGGGCUGAUGGAGAAGGUGGAGGACUACACCGUACGGAUCAAGAAGCUCGAGGACGACGCGUCGGACAUCAAGACUCUGCUGGCACGCAAAACGGAGAUCAGCGCUUGGUCCGAGUGGAUUCUGAGCCAGGAAGUCGGUCCUCCUAAGACCAUGACCAAGCCCAGCCUCACCAUCAACACUGCCGUCGUGAAGGCCAUCCUCUCCCUCG